AAACAGAAAAAAUGAAAACCAAUUUGAUUUUGUCAUUGAUACGGACUCAAAUUCCAGUUCAGUCAAAAGCAAGGUACAAAUCGCCCCGCGACACUAAUGCCACACUUUACACCCAGUAGUUUCCCACUCCACCUGACCAAAUCACCCAAACUCCAAUUUUCUUUUCCUUCCAUUUCGAUUCCCCAUUAAUUUUUUUCUCUCAGUUUUUAAUUACGCACCACCUUCACAAGAAAUUUCUCGAGAACACUAGUACGCACCGUCGUUUUGCACCGAAACCCCUUCGUCGGUUUUUUUUUUUUAAUUUGAAACAAGGAGAACAAUCAGGUGUUAUCGAGAGAGGAAGAGAGAUGGGAAAACAAGUUAAUUUAGUUGGUUUGGGGUUUUAGAGGGGUUUAAUCAAUUAUUAGAGAUGGGAGCUCUAGCUCCUCUCUCUUCAUGGAUACCAGAGGAUGACCUUUUGUUAAAGAAUGCCGUUGAGGCUGGUGCUUCCUUGGAAUCACUUGCUAAAGGUGCAGUGCAGUUUUCUCGUAAAUUUACUGUUCGAGAACUGCAAGAACGGUGGCAUUCUCUCCUUUAUGAUCCAAUUGUUUCUGCAAAUGCUGCUUUUCAUAUGAUUGAGUUUGAGAGGUCUGCAUCUACUCUUCCAUCAAAAUUCACUCGAACUGGGAAUUUAAAAGAAAAUAGAUGUAUUUCUGGUAAAAGGAAAGCUGAAAGUGUUCGUAGUUGUUACUAUGCGCUGCGUAAAAGAAUCCGCAAUGAUCCAUUUAACACCAUGGAUCUGAGUUUUCUUAUUGCACCCACUGACAGCAACUACAUCGUAAAUGAAGAUGAGCCGUUUUCUGGAAAUUGUAUUAUUGAAGAUCCAAUUUCAACUCAUUUUGAACUUGAGGAUUCUAACUUGGAUAUAAUGCAUCAUAAUUUUCCAGAGAUGGGGGAUGAUCCGAAUGCUCAUGCCUUUGAUCCACAAUUUGACAAUACAGUCCAUGGAGAUUAUCCAAUGGAGCUAGGUAAUGUACAUGAAGAGAUUCCGCAGCUAAAUGGAGAGAAUAUAUCUCACCUUAGAAAUAGAUCUGUGAUUGACGAAUUUAGUGGUCCAAUUGAAAUGCCAGAAAACAACGAUCAGGUGCAUGAAUGCUCUAAUUUUGAUGGGGACCAUGUUUUUAGUUCUCCAAUUCCAGAGUGUAAUGUGUCAUUUCAUAACUUAGAGUUUUCAUCUCCACUACCUGAGAUGCCAAUAUGGAGGACAGUCGAGGGUAUGUCCCCACCAAGUAUGCCCAUUGAUAUGCACACAGAGGAUACAUUUUCGCUUCCUGAUAAUGAUGCUUCCAAGAAUACAUGCUUGUCAGAAUAUGACGUCCACGGAGACUCCAACUCAAAACUGCAGAUACCAAGUGGGGAGUUGAAAAAUGUAACUACCAGCACAGAAGGUUAUCUGGCUGAACUUUCCAAUUCUCUUUUAAAUUUCACAAAUGAGGAAGAACUAUUGUUUACCGAUGUUGAUGGAAAAGAUGCAAUUGAUAAGUCUUACUAUGAUGGCCUAAGCUCACUGUUGCUGAAUUCACCAAAUGAUGUCAAUCAAGAUCACAUGGUGAAUAUAACCGAACUAGAUUCUUCUCUAACUUCAGAUUAUACAGCAAAUCAGUGUGGUGCAAGUCACAAAGACUUGGACGAAGAUAGGGGGUCUUACAUUGUUGGCAACUCAGAGCUCCAACUUCCUGAGCUGUGUGUGGAAGAUAUUAUUUGCACAUUAAAUAUGGAGGACCAAGAGAUCCCAUGCAAUGAUCAUGUUGUCUUCACAAAUCAGUCGCGCCCAAAAUCAUUUUCCUCUGUAUCUCGACGGAAUUUACAUGAUCCUUCUAAACCGAACCCUUCAACUUUUAAGGAAUUCUCUAGCAAUCCAAAAGGUAGUGAAGUAGUAGCAUUAUCAAUGAAGAAAGAUCUAGAAACUCCUGGACAAUCUCAUGCAUCUUCACAAAUUUUAAAAUCAAAGGCCGCAGCAAAGAAUGGUUUGCUCCAAACAGUUGGUGAUCAUGGGGUUAAAUUCGACUUGCCUAGCGGUAUCUCCACUUGCACAACUGUGGGUGUUGCUUAUGAUAGGCCUUCUCAACUUCAUCAAACAAAUGCAAUUGCAGAAACUGUUGUAGCUGCUAAACCAAAGGAAGAAACUCCGGAAGCUGUGCCUGUGAAGUUUAGUCAUAAUACAGCCGAUUCUGUGACAGAGAAAGCUUUUAAUCCUGAUGGUUAUAAAUGUUAUCCCCAGAUAAAUGCUACUAAUGUCAAACAGGACCCAGAUGCUACUUCUAGAAUUCAAAAUCAUCAGGCAGCGCAUGUCAAAUUGGGGUCUACAGAUAUUGUUUCCUCUGAGCAGGUAGUACAAGAUUUAGUCUCAGAUCCAGAAGAGCCACUUAUAGAGAGUGAGGAUGACGUACCAAAUUUCUCUGAUAUAGAAGCAAUGAUACUUGACAUGGACUUAGAUCCAGAAGAUCAAGAUUUAUAUUCAAGUGAGGAAGUUUCGAGAUAUCAGCAUGAGGACACAAAGAAGCUAAUUAUGAGGUUGGAGCAGGGUGCUCAAUCAUAUAUGCGAAGAGCCAUUGCUUUGCAAGGAGCGUUUGCUGUCUUGUAUGGCCGCCACUCAAAACAUUAUAUUAAAAAACCCGAGGUUUUACUUGGAAGAGCAACUGAAGAUGUAAGCGUUGACAUUGACUUGGGAAGAGAAGGGUGUGCAAAUAAAAUUUCUCGCCGUCAGGCGACUAUAAAUUUGGAUAAAAACGGAUCUUUCCUCCUGAAAAAUCUCGGAAAAUCUUCAAUCUCGGUGAAUGACAAGGAAAUCGGCCCUGGACAGAGUUUAGGCCUUACUUUUAGUUGCUUGAUUGAGAUAAAAGGUAUGCCAUUCAUAUUCGAGACAAAUCCAGCUCGUGUGAAGCAGUACCUGGAUGGCGCAAUGCAGAAGGAUGAAACCCAGGAGCAUCAGUUAUCAAGUGUUGCGAAAACCUUAUGAAUUGGAACAUCAUCAGAAGGUGCUCAAUUUUUUCUGCGCUUUCUGGGUCUGUUUUUCUGUAAGUUAGUUCAGGUUGUUGUAUCUAUGACUACUGCUAGUAAGGACCAUAGUUUCUCAAAUGUUAGGAAACUGCUUCUAUUUAAAGUAGGACAACUUUUGCAUCAUUUAUAAAUAGUAGUGGCAAAAAUUGCAUCA